AUGGCCAGGCAAAGGCCUUCCGCCAACCGCCAGGACCCUCUCGAGGAUUAUCCCGUCUCCCCCGCAGGCACUUCGGCCUCUUCUUCCCUGAGAAUAACUCGCUCCUCCGCGAGACUCGCCACAGACCCUCCACCUGCUGAGUCCGGUACACCGCUACAACCAACCGGCUCAACCUCAUCCCGGAAACGCAAAGCAUCGUCCCGCCACGACCGACAAGCAGACGCCCCGAUACAGCCAGCACCGCAGUCGCCCCAAAGGAAAACCAAGCGACCGCGGACUGCAGCAUCCCAAACAGCUCCAUCCACUGGUCCUGUUCCUGCUGCACCCCGUCGAGGCGCCCGCAGCCGUCCAGCCAUGUCACAACCGGGACCGUCAUCUCGACCGUCGGAGGAAUCAUCCAAAUCGACGACGUCCCCACAACCAGGAAGGCGAAAGUCCAGUCGCAACGAUCGACCAGCGACCACACAGUCUCCACCACCCCGACGCUCGAAGAAGCGUUCCGCAAAGCCAAAUCCCGAUGUUGUGAUGAGAGAUGCAGAGGAGGAAAUCGAGCAGGAGGAGCACCAGGAAGAACAUCAAGGAUCCCAAACAGGAGAGAGCAACGAUGGCACCAACCCCUCGACGUUUGGAGAUGAUGAUAUGGAUCCGUUCCACAGCAGCCUGUUCGGUGGCCGAGGCGCCAUGGGACUUCAGAGCACUUUGCGUGCGCUUACUGGAAUGAUGAGCGGCAUGUCCUCACGUCUUCGAGAUAUCCUCUCCAACCUGAGAGCCAAGGAUGAUCCGUCUCUCCAACUGAUCGCUCUGCAAGAGCUGUCGGAUCUCUUGCUUGUUUCGAACGAGGAUAAUCUGUCUGGUCAAUUUUCGCCGGACCCGUACGUGAAGGAGCUCGUGGCGCUGAUGCAACCGAACCAGUUCGGCGAAGAGAAUCCCGAGAUCAUGCUUCUUGCAUGUCGCUCUCUCGCGAACCUGAUGGAGGCCCUACGGGGCUCCGUAGCGAAUGUUGUGUAUGGUGGUGCUGUGCCCAUCCUUUGUCAAAAGCUGCUUGAUAUACAGUUCAUCGAUCUAGCUGAGCAGGCUUUGAGUACUUUGGCCAAAAUCUCAGUCGACUUCCCAGCCUCAAUUGUGCGAGAAGGUGGAUUGACUGCUUGCCUCACAUAUCUGGAUUUCUUCCCCACCAGCACUCAACGCACAGCAGUCAGCACGGCGGCCAACUGCUGCCGCAACCUUCCUCAUGACUCGUUCCCUGUGGUGCGGGAUGUCAUGCCUACCCUACUCAACGUCCUCUCUAGUAAUGACCCUAAGGUUGUGGAGCAAGGGUGCCUAUGCGUAUCCCGGAUUGUCGAGAGCUUCAAGCACAGACCUGAGAACCUGGAGGAGCUGAUUGAGCCUGCAAUGCUCAAGGCUGUUCUUCGGCUCCUACUUCCAGGAACAACCAACCUGAUCGGGCCUCAUAUCCACACGCAAUUCCUUCGGGUAUUGGCAAUUGUAUCGAAAACAAGCCCACGGUUGUCGAACGAGCUUCUCAAGAUGGAUGUAGUGGAUACGCUUUACCAAAUUUUGACCGGCGUGUCACCGCCACAUGACGUGGACAACACGGCUGUCAAGAUGGACAGCGUGCUAGUUAUGCAAGCAUUGAUUCAUCGACCCCGUGAACAAGUAUUUGAAACUCUCAAUGUCAUCUGCGAGCUACUGCCAGGUGUUCCAAGCCGCGAUGCCUCGAAGACUGACAACCUCCUAAGCUCAUACUUUGAUAGCCACAUGUCUAUCGGACUGAGGUCGCCUAAAACUAAAGAGGCAGUGGAGGAGAGGCGGUCCUUGCUUGUCAACUGCAAGACUGAGCUCAAGCGUUUUGCGAUGAUUCUGUUCCCGACUUUGACCGAUGCCUACUCGAGCACGGUCAAUCUGCAUGUCCGCCAGAAAGUCCUGAUUGCACAGCUGAAGAUGCUGCACAUUCUUGAGCCUUCUUUGAUUGAAGACGCACUGCGCACAGUCCCUUACGCUUCAUUCCUGGCUGCUAUUCUGUCCCAGAAAGACCACCCUUCUCUCGUAUCUUUGGCGCUACGCUGCGCCGAGCUACUCUUCCAGCGGCUUGAACAUGUUUAUCAGCAUCAAUUCCACCGUGAAGGAGUGAUCUCCGCGAUCAUCAAACUAUCCGAAGGCUCUCUGUCGGGAGACCAAGAGAUCAUCGAUUCAUCCGAUCCCACACAUAUAAACACGACCACAGAUUCAUCGCGCGGCACCAACCACGGCGAGACUGGAGCUGGCGGAGAUGAUGAGGAUGAAGACGAGGAAGCCGACGACUAUGACGACGAGGAUGGCGAGGAUGAUGACCAUGAUGACAUGUCUGAUUCCGAGGAUGACUUCAUGGCGGGCCCACGCAGUCUACAAAAGAUGGACAAUGCGCUAAACGACGUAGUUAUCCGAGAUGCUCAAGCUUUCCUCGAGGUAUAUGAAGCAAGCCAUGGCGAAACAGUUAGAGCAGAGGCUCUGAGGAUCUUGACAGCACUGAAAUCUCUUGCCUUCGAAAUCAAGUCACGCUAUUCCCGUGGCGGUGAGGGUGGCCUUCCAUUAUUUAAACAGCUCGCGUCAUACUUUGAUGGAGACGGCUUAGAGAGCAUUACCAGCUCUGAAUUGCUCAACUCCGGCAUCAUAGAGGUUCUUCUGGGUGUUCUUGGCAACUUCCAAGCGCCUUCUAUUCGCGAUGCUAGGGCCGACUUCCUGCGGGCGUUUAUGGGUGUUUCAAUCUCAGACAAGGCUCAAAGCCAGAGCACCGCCACGACACCUUUCAGCGUACUUAUCCGCAAGUUGCAAGACCUGCUUAGCAGGACGGAACAUUUCGAAGUCCUCACCGUCAGCCACAAUUCGCUGGAGAAUACCCGCAGCAACGCCGCCUACAUGCUGAGCAAACAGCUUCGACUCAAGCUAGUUGCCGACGAAGGCUCCGAAGUUCCUCGUCCUUAUCGGAACAUCAUGGUGUCAAUCCAUGCCAUUGCUACAUUCAAGGCCUUGGAUGACUUCCUUCAUCCCCGAAUCGCCGUGGCGGAAAAGCCUCGCCCCUCGCGAACCAGGGACUCGAUUCUCUCCCAAAUUGCCAAUGCAUCCCGACUUCGUGAACAGCUGGCUUCGGGGUCUGGGAUGAGCCUUCCAAGUCACACAGGGGGCCCGCAGGGCACUAUUACCGAUCCUACGGAUGGUGUCUAUGAUCCCCCAACUGAUAACCCGCAUCAUCAUUCAAGUCGGAUACAAGAAGAUGAAGACGAAGACCACGAUGACGAACCCCUUGAGUGCGCAGAUGAAAGGCAAAUAACCGACGAAGAAGAAGACGGCGGCGAGGAUGACGAGGAUGAAGCACUCAACGCCAUUGUUGAUGAUCUUGAUGAGGAUAUGGAAAAUGACAAUAUCUCUGACCCCUCGGCAGUCAACAUGGAGGUGGCAUCCUCUGGCAAGGUCACAGCUCGCAAGGAGGACGGUACCCGAGUUGGGACUCCCUCCCAGACGGCUACGUCCAAACCCUCAUCAUCGACUCCUGCCGCUCUCCCCAACCACAUGCGCAACAGCUCGCUCGCCACUGCCGGACGCCCGUUCUCAUCUUAUGCCGCUGCGAUGGCCUCGGUGCCCCAGGACUGGCACCUUGAGUUUUUUGUAGAUGGCAAGCCCGUUACUAAUGAGACCACUAUCUACCGUGGUGUUCAUCAUGAUCGUGAGGACUUGGAUGAGAGUAGUGCCAAGAACGUCUGGUCGGCAGUCCACACUAUCACGUUUAAGCGCGUUCCUGGUCCUCCGUCGCCAGAGCCCUCAACCCUCACAUCGACCCCCCAGACUUCUGCUGAGGGUGAUACCCUUGAGAUCCCAGCCUCUCUCGACAAAGAUCCCACAACUUCAUCCAUCAUUCGCCUGCUUCGUGUUUUGCACGAAAUGAACGCCACGAUCGAUGAUAUUUUGACCGAUACCAAAGACUCUGCCACCAUUACCUCGGAGCCCUUGAGCCAAUUCAUCAACACGAAGCUCACCGCCAAGCUCAACCGCCAACUCGAGGAGCCAUUGAUUGUGGCAAGCGAUUGCCUUCCAAGUUGGAGCGAAGACCUAGCUAGGCUUUUCUCCUUCUUGUUCCCAUUCGAGACAAGGCAUCUAUUCCUGCAGUCAACUGCUUUUGGCUACUCACGGGCGAUGAUGAGAUGGCAAAAUUCUCAAAGUGGCGAGGACAGCCGACGGGACCUACGCCGCGAUGAUCGCCCAUUCCUUGGGCGGCUGCAACGCCAAAAAGUGCGCAUCUCUCGUUCUCGCAUCCUUGAUUCUGCAUUGAAGGUCAUGGAACUCUAUGGGUCUUCCCCCAGCAUUCUUGAGGUUGAAUACUUUGAAGAAGUUGGUACUGGACUAGGGCCGACUCUUGAAUUCUACUCUACUGUUUCCAAGGAGUUCUCGAAGAAGAAGCUUAAGAUCUGGAGAGACACAGACGGGAGCUCUGCUGCAGAAUAUGCAUUUGGAAAGCGCGGCCUGUUCCCAGCGCCGAUGAGUGACGAACAAGCAGCCCAGGAUAUGGGCAAGAAGCAAUUGAAUAUCUUUAAGGUGCUAGGAAAGUUUGUGGCUCGCUCGAUGCUUGACUCCCGGAUUAUCGACAUUUCGUUCAAUCCAGCGUUCUUCCGUAUCGCGGAUACUAUGUCCUCGGUGGCACCAUCCCUAGGCACUGUCAAGGUGGUUGAUCAUGAUCUCGCGAAGUCCUUGAUCAUGCUCAAAGAAUUUGUCAAUGCCAAAAACGCUAUUGAGGCAAACAAGUCGCUUUCGCCAGCCCACAAAUCCGAGGCCGUGCAAAACAUCACGGUCCACGGUGCCAAUGUUGACGACCUCGGUUUGGAUUUCACUCUACCUGGAUAUCCUGCUAUUGAGUUGAUUCCUGGCGGCGCCGAUGUGCAGUUGACAAUCGAGAAUGUUGACACUUACAUCGAACGGGUGAUCGACAUGACCUUGGGCAGCGGUGUCCGGCGUCAAGUGGACGCCUUCCGGGCUGGGUUCUCGCAAGUCUUCUCCUUCUCCUCCCUUUGUGCUUUCACUCCAAGUGAGCUUGUCAUGCUUUUCGGACAAGCGGAUGAGGAUUGGUCUAUCGAGACCUUGAUGGACUCCAUCAAGGCCGAUCACGGGUUCAACAUGGACAGUCGGAGUGUGCGCAACUUGCUGCAGACUAUGAGCGAGCUGGACAACCAGCAACGCCGAGAUUUCCUUCAGUUCGUCACUGGUAGCCCCAAGCUCCCCAUUGGAGGUUUCAAGAGUCUCACACCUAUCUUCACUGUCGUGUGUCGCCCAAGCGAACAUCCAUAUACACCAGACGACUAUCUCCCCAGUGUGAUGACCUGCGUCAACUACCUGAAGUUGCCAGACUAUAGCGACUUGGACGUUCUCAAGAAGCGCCUCUCAGUCGCCAUCAAAGAAGGCCAAGGCGCUUUCCACCUUUCCUAG